UGGAGUGAACAGAUGACAGGAUGGCUGGCUGAACUUAAUGGACUGGUAAACUAGCUGGCUUACUGAACUGAACACGCCACAGGAACAACAUCACAGGAACAUCAAUGACACGACACCGGACUGGUUGAACUGAGGAACAUAAAUACACAGGCUGAGUGAUGAGAGAUUAGAGACUGUUUUCACUGAAGGAGCUGGUGUGUUGCCUGAUGGUCCACUGAAUGCAGCUGUAGGAGAAAAGGUGAUGUUCACCACAACACUGACUCCAACAGAAACACCGUUUCUAACUGUGGACUGGAAGUUAAAUAUCUCUAAGAAUAUAAUAACCUCAACUAACUUAGCAAACAAUACUGGACCAGGCUAUGACGUUAGGAUCACCUUCUUCCCAUCUACUGGGUCUCUGCAGCUCAGGAGUCUCACUCUCGAUGACACUGGAGAAUACCGUGUUAGCAUUACACAAGCUGAUGCCACAAACCAUGUUGGACAUACAACUUUGGAGAUACACGAGAAAGUCUCCAAUGUGUUGGUAACUGCCAGCAGCACAGACUUGGUUGAGUUCAAUAAUUCUGUCUCUCUGUCCUGCUCGGCCUCUGGAUCUCCCACCUCUUUCCUCUGGUUGAACGGCAGCUCUGAGGUUACAGCAAGUGACAGAGUUCAGCUCACUGAUGGAGGCUCCAGUCUGACUAUAAUCAAUGUGACCCGCUUUGACCAGGGACCAUUCAGGUGUAAUGUGUCCAAUCCUGUCAGUUUUGGUACCAGUGAUCCAGUAAACCUCUCCAUCAGCUAUGGUCCAGAAAAUAUAAAUUUGAUAUUAUCUCCAUCACAAGAAUACUUUGCUGUAGGGUCAGAAAUCAGCCUCAACUGCUCAGUUGGAUCCAGACCUCCUGCCCAGUUCAAGUGGUUUCUGAAUGGAGAUCAGCUGCUUGAUACUGGAUCAGAUCUCAGACUGAUGAACGUUCAGAUGAAUCAGAGUGGAAACUACAGCUGUCAGGCCUUUAACAGCAAAACUCUGAGAUCUCAAACAUCUCAGCCUUCAGCCAUCACUGUGCUGGUCCCAGAACCAUCAUCAGGAUUAUCUGCUGGUGCCAUUGCCGGAAUAGUAAUCACAUGUUUUGUCCUCGUGGCUGCAGCUGCUGGUGGUGGAUACUACUUUUAUAAGAAAAAAGGACCUCUGAAGAAAUCUACAAAUAGAGACACUUCCACUACAACAGGAGGCAAUGCAGCUUCCUCGAGUCAGGAGUUGAACUAUGCAGAUGUCCGUUUUUUCCCAAAGAGAAAUGACGAAAGAGUUCAGAUGGGGUUACAGAAUGAAUUCUCAAAUCAUGCCCAGGUUCAGGCAAACAACAGGGCUCCUGCAGCAUCCUCCCUUCCUACAUAUGACGCUCAUGUGCACCGAGUGAAGGGGCCAGCCCCUCAGCCUGAUCCUAAUGCUUCAGAAACCUACGCUCAGGUUCGUGUACGCUGAGUGUACUGGAUCUGAUAGAUUCAUAACCAAGCAGGCCAGAAGCAGUCAAACGUGCACGUUGCUCUCACUCCAUUUAUUGUGGGCUAGCUUGGACUUGAACUCCUGAGUCAUAGCACUUUAAAAGUAGUCAAUAAUCAACCAGCUCUGAAAUUUAUUGCCAUGGGAACAAUGUUUCCUUAUUACUUUGAGUAAACACCAUAUCAUAGCUUUCCCGUCCUAAUGUUCAGCAUUUUCUUUGUA